AUCGACGCAUUUAAUCUUAUCUUGCCAAAAGAAAAAAUUCAUAAUUUUUGAGGCUAUGUUUAGGUACAGCGUACAGAUAAUUUUGCCUUUGCUUGAGAUUGGUUGAUCAUCUAUUAUCUGAAAACAUACUUCGUAUUCAUUAAAUUUUCUUUUGAGAAGAAAAUGUCGGUUCAAACAAUCACUAGACAAGUGCUAAGAGCUAAGAAAGCAUUCCGAAUUUCAUAUUCAUCCAAGGCAAGUACAGCAGAAUACGAUUGGAGAGACCCAUUAAAUCUAGAAUCGUUAUUGACAGAGGAAGAAAUUGCUAUUCGAGAUACAUUCCGCAGUUACUGUACUAAGACACUUUUGCCGCGUGUAACACUCGCUAAUCGAAAUGAAAUUUUCCACAAGGAGAUAAUGACGGAGUUGGGUGAGCUGGGCGCCUUAGGUUGCACUUUAAAAGGUUAUGGAUGUGUCGGAGUUUCAAAUGUUGCUUACGGUCUGCUCACUCGGGAAAUAGAGCGUAUUGAUUCUGCAUAUCGAUCAGCUUUAAGUGUUCAAAGUUCGUUGACUAUGGGUGCUAUUUACGAUUUUGGUAGCGAUGAGCAGAAAGAGAAAUAUUUACCCAGAAUGGCGAAAGGCGAACUGAUCGGAUGCUUUGGCCUAACUGAACCAAAUCAUGGAAGUGAUCCAGCUGGAAUGGAAACUCGGGCAAAAUAUGACAGUCAGGCUAAGUGUUAUAUUCUAAAUGGAAGCAAAACUUGGAUUACGAACUCCCCUUUGGCAGAUAUUGCUAUUAUUUGGGCAAAAUGCGAAGAUCAAAAACUGCGCGGCUUCAUUGUGGAGCGAGAACAAUCAAUAAAAGGAUUGUCUACGCCCAAAAUUGAAGGAAAGUUUUCACUUCGAGCGUCUACAACUGGAAUGGUGCUUAUGGAUGAUCUUGCAGUUCCAGAGGAAAAUAUUUUACCCAAUGUUAGUGGCUUCAGAGGACCAUUCACCUGUCUAAACAAUGCUCGUUUUGGCAUUGCCUGGGGAGCAUUAGGAGCUGCUGAAUCUUGCCUUGAAAUUGCUAGACAAUACACUCUGGACAGAAAUCAGUUUAAAAGACCUUUGGCCGCGAACCAAUUGAUGCAAAAGAAAAUGGCAGAUAUGUCGACGGAAAUAGCAUUGGGAUUGUUGGCUUGCUUACAAGCAGGCCGUUUGAAGGAUAAGCACUUACACACUCCGGAAAUGAUAUCAAUGUUGAAGAGAAAUAAUUCUGGAAAAGCGCUGGAUAUAGCACGUGUGGCAAGGGAUAUGCUGGGUGGCAACGGUAUUUGUGAUGAAUAUCACAUUAUAAGACAUGUCAUGAACUUAGAGGCCGUUAACACGUACGAAGGUACUCACGACAUACAUGCCUUGAUUUUGGGACGUGCAAUAACUGGAAUUGGUGCGUUUGCAUAAUGAAAAAAAGGAAUUUUCAUAACUAAUAAUGCAAACAUUUGCAAAGUGUAUAAGGUCAUUGGUUAUAUUAUAAUAAUGAACAAAUUUUGCACAGAAUUUUAAACUAAAUUUCCAAAUCUAUAGGCUAAAAAUCUUAAACAACGUUUAAGCCUGGUACGCUGUUCGAGAUAAGUUUUAGCUCCCAUUCAAAUUAUCGAAAAAUUUUAUCCGAGCUAAAGUGUAUCCCAUACAUAUUAUCGAUAACUUGUAUGGGAAUUUUAUCUCGGCUAAAAUUUAGCGCGAACAGCGUACCAGGCUUGAAACAAGAAAAUAGAACAAGGACAAAAAAAAACUUAAGAGAGCAGAAGAAAACAAAACGGCCACUCCCAAGUAACGAGGAGCACACAUUGACGCUUGUUUCCAGUUUAUUUCGGUGGAGAAUCAAUUUAUUUGUUGAUGAAGUUUCACAAAAAAUAAAUUAAACAUAGUCAAGUUAUUCCCAAAUAAAGACUGUCUUGUCUGUGAAUAACUUAGCUACGUUUAAUUAGUUUUUCGUGAAACUUCUACAUCAACUUUAUCAUGAGUCCUUAAGACUCACCAAGUUAAAAAAUAGCGUAAAAAUGACCGCUAAGUUACUUUGGAAUGGCUUUUCACAAUGUAAUUGGCUUUGUUUUACAGCUAACUACAUCAACUUCAACAGCGACUUUAAAAAUCAGUAGUAUUUCAGAAAUAUUUUUUAUUUUAAAGUAAAAAUGUUCUAAAAAUAAACAAUGUGCCGCAUUCCUUUAUGUUUAAGUUCGUUGAUGUAGCAGACUUAAUUAGUUUGCUUUUACAGGCUUCUGUUUUGACUCAAAACAAAGUACAGAAAAUCCUUUUUCUAAACAGAAAUUUUUUUACUUUUCUUCUCGAAACAGUCGAGAACAACGUUAUUGACCAAAUCUGUUAUCUUAUCCUUGCCUUUUGGAAAUUUAUUUAAAAUCCCGUCUUUUACCCUUAUAACUAUUUAAUUAAAGUGCAUUUAUAACUCAGAGCUGAAAAAAAAAAUAAUACAUUAUUUUCUUACAAUUUAUUGAUUAAUGUUUUUUUUUGUUAAAAUAAAGUUGAAAUACAUAUUUUUAAAAUGUAAGCGGUGCCACUGUUCUGUAUUUUGAAUGGCUACCUAUAAGAUCUAUUUUAUCCUAUCGAAACUAAAGUAAUUUCGUUCAAAAUAAGAUAUUCUUAUUUCUUACUUUUGAAAUUGGAAAGAAAUUUUGCUUUUUUUAUUGAAGAAAAUGGUUUUUAUAGACAUUUAAAAAUGUUUAUCUUUAGUGAUAAAGUUAUAGAACAGUGGUACAGUUAUAGUAUUAAAUACAUAGUAUUAUACAGUUAUAGCACAUAACUUGCAGUAUUAAAAAUCUCCGAACAGCUCCGAUUUUAA